AUGGCUGUGGAGGACUUGCAAACAGCCAAAGAAACAGGAGAUGAGGAGAAGGUCGAAAGGGCAAAGAAGGAGGUGGAAAAGGCGGAGGAGAAGGUGGAAAAGGCGGAGGAGAAGGUGGAAAAGGCAAAGAAGGAAGUGAAUGAGGCGGAGGAGAAGGUGCCAGGCUUGGAGGAGAAGGAGGAAUCCCUAACCUUACUUGAAAAGUUUGCCGAAGAGUUGGGUGAUCUUGAAGAGCGCAUCUUGAACAGCCGCAUCAACAACAUAGAAGAGAGGCCUUUCUUGGAGAGGGAUGAAGUGAUUCAAAGCAUCGUGACAGAGAUGAAGGAGACGCAGCGGCUGAAAAUCAACAAACCAAGAGUCGUUUGUUUGUGGAGCCCUCGAGGGAUGGGAAAGAGCUCGGUCAUUCGACGCCUGGCCAAGAUGGAUGAAUUUGCAGAAAGCCGACGAUGUGGACGCUUGCUGAUAUUCGACGCAGCAUGGAUUCCCUCUGGUCAAAUGUCGGUUGAAGCCUCUACGUUGGUGUCUGCCAUGGUCCUGUGGCACCUUUUGCAGCUGCUUGACGGCUACGGCGUUAAGUUGGCGGGGCAGGUGGUCAACUUCAAACGCAUGGAUUUCAAGGAUGUGGUCGAGGUCGUCGAACGUCGUUCAAGACCAACUGGUUCGGUCAACAGCUUUGAAGCUUGGGUUAGGUCAGCUUGCACGACUAAGGAUGAUGUUUUCAAGCAGUGGUGUUUGGUAACGGCUGCAGCCUUCAACGCUCAACAGGACUGUGCUUGCUUGGUGUUGUUGGAUCAGACUGAGCUCCUUGUCAAACAAACGCUGGAUCAGCGAAGCUCCCUUGGCGGAAGCAGAUCAAGGUUCACCGAAGUGUGUAGCCAGUUUCCUCAGCAGAUGGCUGUUUAUUGCACAGUUACCAUCAAUAUGCAGGUUGACUUGCCAGCAGAGGAGUACACGCGUCUUGUUAUUAAGUCUUUACCAGCCCUCAUGCCAUUAUCUUUUAAAGGUGCCAAAGAAGCCAUGGUACAGUGGGGAGGGACACAAUACGGCGAGGAGGUGCUCGAUCAAAUAUAUCUUUUCUCUGCUGGGGUCCCACGACUUCUGGAAUAUGUGUUUCAAACAGAUGGUAAAUUAGCAUCAACUUUUGAGAUUGCAUUCAACGCCAUGUCCGAAUGUUUUAAAAAUUCCUAUUCAUCUGCAGCGCCUUUCUUUGAUCAACCAGAUGUGGCAUUGUCGCUGGUUCUUUGCUCAGCAGUUCGUUGGAACGCAACCGACAGGGAGCUUGUGCCUGGGACAUCGACAAGGUGGUCAGACAUUUUCAACGCAGGAGCCGCAUUUCCAGAUGGCGCUUCUGUGUUGGUGCCGCUCGUUUGGUGGUUUCGGGAUCAGAAAAGACAGAAAGUGCUGGCUCAAAAGGCCCGAGGGUUGAACAUCAGCCUCGAAGGUCUCUUGCCAGAUCCUGCCGAUUUGCUUCAGGCUCCACAACAAGGCCCGCUUUCCCGAGGGACACUGUGGGAAAAGCAGGUUUGCAAUGCUUUGGCCGCCCGUUUUUAUUUGUAUUGCCUGGCAGAUCACAAAACUCCAUGCGACACCUACGCACCGUUCCUAGAGAUCUAUCCUACGACAGACAACCAUCUACGCAGUGUAUUGGAACAAUUCAGUGUUUGCUGGAGUGACGGGGUCGAGCAUCCAGAUGAGGAAGCAAGUGUCCUUGACAGGGUCGGGAAGGCUAUCAAGUCCAACAAGAACAUCAAGAAUGCUCACCAUGACUUGCUGAUUCCUGUGAAGCGAAUUGAAACAGGAGAUCUAGAGUAUAUAGCCGCACAGUGCUGUUACGGAAAUCCCAAAACUGCAACGGAGUUGACUAAAACAUGCCAGAACAAAGCGUGGAAACCCAGGACCAGUGACCCGAGCUCGGAGGUUCCUGACACGAAUGUACUGUUGCAAAUUUGUUCCACAAGUGAAGGGAUGCAGAAGUUCCAGAAAACUACACCCUGGGCAAAGCGGCAAGAGGAGAAGAGAUAUUCACUGAUGAGCUGUAAAGCUAUCAUUGCGCCCAAGAAACUGCUGCGACUUCUGCCGCAGCUCAGGGUCUUGCGUUUGAAUAGUGCUGGUCUCAGUGCCGAAGGUCUGCGAAACGCCAUUGAGGGCUUGACGGAACGUUGGCUGGAUGGCACAGAGGUCUUGGAAACUUCCCAGAGCAAGGAAAAGGACCGCGCCAUCUGCACUGCUUCAACAAAAUGUACCAGUGCAGCUGGGUCUCCAAACAGUCGGCGUCCAACCACUCCAGCUGUGACUGUGUGCAAGCUGCAGGUCCUCGAGAUGGCUUCUUGCAACGCGGAUGCCGCGGUGCCGGAUUUGGCCUUGUACCUUGCCAGCCCCUGCUGUAGCCUCACUGAGCUGGAUUUGUCCUGGAACUCCUUGGGUCCCCAUGCCGUCCAGCAGUUGGGGUGGCAUCUUCGUCAAAACGUCACGUUACGAUCGCUGAAGCCCAAGACUCAGCUCCUACUCGCAGGUGUUGUUGUGAAGGGCCAGCGUGAUUGA